AUGCAAAGCUUACCGGUUGAUCGAGGGGGUGCCGAGGAUCCUGAAGACGAGGAGCUCCUGCCAAAGGAAGAACGACCGUGGAAACCCAAAUCAAAGAGCUCCUUCGCCUCGGGCUUGGUCUGGAUGGUCAUCAACACCCUGGCUACCAUAGGCAUUGUCUUCACCAACAAAGCCAUCUUUUCAGAGCCCUCCCUAAAGCUUGCCCAGCUCACCUUUGCCUGCUUCCACUUCCUCAUCACCUAUCUCACCUUGUUUGUGCUUUCUCGCCCGGGCCUUGCCCUCUUUGCCCCACGAUCCGUUCCCCUGCUCGACAUCCUUCCCCUCUCCCUCGCCAUGUCCCUCAACGUCAUCCUCCCCAACCUGUCCCUCGCCUUCUCCACCGUCACCUUCUACCAGAUCGCCCGCAUCCUCCUCACCCCGGUCGUCGCGAUCUUGAACUACUUCCUCUACCGCGCCACCCUCCCACAGCCCGCCAUCCUCGCCCUCGUCCCGGCCUGCCUAGGCGUCGGUCUGGUCUCCUACUACGACACCCGACCCCCGCCGGCCCGGGGCCAUGGCGCUCACUACCCUCAACGGCAGCAGCAAGGCGUCCAGACCACCUCCCCGCUGGGCGUCCUCUUCGCCCUGUCCGGCACGCUCGCAUCGGCGCUCUACACCGUCUGGAUCGCCGCCUACCACCGGCGCCUCAAGCUGUCCAGCAUGCAGCUGCUCUUCAACCAGGCUCCCGUGUCGGCCGUCCUGCUCCUGUACGCCAUCCCCUUCCUCGACACCUGGCCGGCCUCGUGGCGGGCGCUGCCUCCGGCCCGCUGGGCCCUGGUGCUGCUGAGCGGCGCCUUCGCCAGCCUCAUCAACAUCUCGCAGUUCUUCAUCGUCGCGCGCGCCGGGCCCGUCUCGAGCACCGUCGUGGGGCACGUCAAGACCUGCACCAUCGUCGCGCUCGGCUGGCUGGUCAGCGGGCGGGGCGUCGGGGAGUGGGGGAGUCUGGUCGGCGGCACCAUUGCCGUCGGAGGCAUCAUUGCCUACUCCGUCAUCAUGUUGAGGGAAAAUGAAAAGAAAACAGCGGUGCGGAAGGGGAGAUAA